AUGCAAUGGUGCAAAAGUUCGAUAAUUGUUUCCCCUGUUCAAAAUUUGGAGUUUUCUAGCUGGUGGUAUCGCAACUGGUCAGAUUGUGAUAUUCAAGUCAAUGUUUCCUCCACAUUUCUAAACACUUCUGAAUUGUUUUGGCAGGAUGACUUGAUAGCCACACUUGUACAACAGUGUCACCAGUCUCAAUUUACUAAACUCCAAUCCAACUAUGAAGAAAUGAAUAAAUCUUCUGGGAUUCUCCGAGAGCCAAAACCUGCAAUGAUACCUAUUGCUGUUGAGCUUGAUGAAUCACCUUGCUUAGGCAAAGAAGAGGCCCUGAUACAAAAACCAGUGGGCUCUCAUGGUGGAGGCUCGAGAGGGAGCAAAGAUGACAUGAUGGAUGAUCUUGAUGAGAUGAUCUUCAAUAAGAAAGCAAGUGGAACAUCUGAAGUGGGGUAUGAUACAAAAAAGUAG